UAAAACAUAUAUAAUGCAAUAAAACGUUUGAUGCCAACAAUAACAAUUUAAUUGACAAUCUUGAAAAUGUUUGUGAGAUGUUUCCUAAUUACACUGUGUGUGCUGGUGCUUCUGCAACUGGCCACGGGCAGCAGGAGUCCAAAACAGCAGGAGCCACAACAUGAACUGCCGCUGUCGCCGUCGCAGUCGCAGUCGCUGUCCAAGUGUGCCGCCAAGCAAGGCGAGUGCGACGAGAGCGAGGGACCCGUCUGCGGCACCGACGAUCAGACCUAUCCCACGCGCUGUCACCUGCAGCGGGUGCAGUGCAGCGGCCAUCAAGUCAGCCUCAAGCAUCGCGGCAACUGCAAGGGCUGCUUGGGGGCGCUUCAGUAUGCGCAUCGGGAGAGUGCGCGCAAUCCGAAGAUAUUCAUUCCUCGGUGCCGCAACGAUGGCAACUAUGCGGCUAUGCAGUGUUUGGGGGACACGGGCUGCUGGUGCAGCGACAGCAGCGGUAAUCCCAUCAAGAAUACAUCGACCCGGCGCGGCCGACCCAAGUGCGCUGUAUACAGGCGCAACAAUCGACGUCGGUCGCCGACGCGUCUGUUCAGCUUGGAUGCGGAGGCGGCCAAUAGCAGCGAUGGCGGUGGCAAUGGUGGACAUCGUCCUUGCAGCAAGGCAGAUCGGCGGGCGUUUAACAAUCAUCUGAUCGAGGUCUUUCGAAGCGAACAAGUGCGUUCGGGUCAACCACAAGCAGCUGGCGCUAACGAUGACUCCGUACUGGAUUGGAAGUUUGCCCAAUUGGAUGCGAAUGCCAAUCAGGUGCUAGAGCGACAAGAAGUGCGUGAGCUCAAGAAGCUUGUCAAGCGGGCGGUGAAGCCCAAACGAUGUGGACGUGCCUUUGGCAAGUACUGUGAUGUCAACAAAGACGAUAACCUGUCCCGGGUCGAAUGGAGCAAUUGUCUGGCCAAAGAUGCCAGCCAGCGUAAAGCGGGCCUUAAUAUCCUGAACAGCAGUCCAACGAGCAGCUCCAUUCCGCAUACCACAUCAACAACAAUACCUCGCCGUCCUCACUAUACAAAUCUGCAUAACAUUCACCACACAAAUACCCACCAUGACCAUACAAAUACGAAUGUUAUCGGAACGAGCAGCAGCAGCAGCAGCAGCAGUGGCAGCAGUAUCGGUUCACGUGUUGAGUUUGGCAAUGAUAGCGAGGAGCACGAGGAUGAUUAUGUUGGCGAGGAUGAGGACGCUAGCAUGACACAUUCACGCACAUCCCCGUUGUCGCCAUCUUCAUUUAAUUUUCUGAAUGCCAAGCCAGAAGAGGCGACAAACAACGAGAGUGAAGGCGAUGCCAACUGCUGGACGGAUAGGGAGGUAGCUCGUGAGGAGCAGCGUCAUGGCGGCAACAGAUCCUUCUAUGUGCCCGAGUGUAUGUCCGAUGGUCGCUAUAAGCGCGUCCAAUGCUACAGCUCCUUCUGCUGGUGUGUGCACGAGGAGACGGGCAAGAAUAUACCGGGCACCUUUGGCCAAAAGCGACCCCAAUGCGAUGAGGUCAGCGCUGCUAACAGACCGAUGAAGGGCUGCACAGAGCCACGAAAAACGCAGUUCCUCAAAGAGCUCAAGGAGUUUCUUAACACAAAUAUACUGCCCAGCAGUAACACCGGAAACUCGACAAUGUGGAAGUCGGAGGAUGAGCGCAUUGCUACGCUGAGUUUUGUAUUUCUGGACAAGAAUAAAAACAAGUCAUGGGAGCGCAAAGAAUGGAAGGUCUUUCGUGAUCUGGUUACAAACGCCAGCAACUUGAGCAAAUGUGGCAAGAAAAUGCCUCGAUACUGUGAUGUGAAUGGCGAUAAGAAGAUCUCGUUGUCCGAGUGGGUGAACUGUCUACAAUCGCAUCGAAUGGAGACCACCACCACAGCAAAGCCGGCACAGUCAAACGAGACGGCAACAUCGCGGCUCCUGGGAUCAAAUCCGCUGGAGCAAUAUCUUAAAGAUUAUUAGCGAUGAUAAAAUGCGUUGAUGUUGCGUGCUGCUGCUCAUUAGAUGUCGUGCCAUGUUGCGUGGAAGAUCUUGACUAAAUCCACCCGCUCAUACAUACAUAUAUACACUUACUCACCCACACACAUACACACACUCACAUUCCUAGCAUAUAGAUUCUACGAUUUACAUGUAUAUGUAGUUAGCGUUGUAAAUAUUUCUGGAUAUAAAUGUUUAGGUUAAUUGUA